UUGCCUAAAUCUGUUGACUGGAGAAAGAAAGGAGCCGUGAGCUAUGUCAAGAACCAAGGCUCUUGUGGAAGCUGUUGGGCGUUUUCGACAGUAGCGGCAAUGGAAGGUAUAAACAAGAUUGUGACAGGAAACUUGAAAACAUUGUCAGAACAAGAACUCAUAGACUGUGGCACAACCUUCAACGGUGGUCUCAUGGAUUAUGCUUUUGAGUACAUUGUCAAGAACGGCGGCCUUCGCAAGGAAGAGAAUUAUCCUUAUUCCAUGGAAGAAGGAACUUGCGAGACUCAAAAGGAUGAUUCUGAAAUGGUGAAUAUCAGUGGGCACCAAAAUGUACCUAGGAACGACGAUAAGAGUCUCUUGAAGGCAUUGGCUCAUCAACCACUCAGUAUUGCUAUUGAUGCCUCUGGUAGAGAGUUCCAGUUCUACAAGGGAGUAAGUCAUUAAUUAAUAUUAACUGCAAUAGGUUGCACGGGUACGGCAACUUAGUGCUGUCUCGCGUACCGGGCUCGGCGGGGGGACGGGGACGGCUCGGGUACGUCUAGGAAACGUCCCCAACACGUGUGCAGUGAACCCGAGACGGCAUGACUCGACGGGGAUGGGUUUGGUCAGAGACCGGAGACGUCUCGUAAACGUUUCUAAGCCAAUUCGACGUAUCUGUUUGAUUUUUUUGUGUGUCACGAUGUGUAAAUUAAUCUAUAUUUGUUUUGAUUUUUUUAAUUAAACUUUUCCACCUUAAAGCAUGAUUAUCCAUAGAACCCAUUAGGGUCUCUUAAUCACUUGUUUAGUAAUAAAUGUGUCUUAAGAACU